AUGGCGUCCUACGAGAUGGAACGCGGCAUGAACCACGGCGGCAUGAAGCACGUCGGUGGUCGGCCAUUCAACCACGACCAAUCUCCCGACGCCGAGCGCGAAUACGACCGCCUGCGCGACCUCGCCCGCUCCGAGGCCUCCAAACGCGGCACCUGCUUCGAGCGCUCCAAAGAAGCCUACAACCGGGGCGACGGCGCCGCCGCCAAACAGCUCUCCAACGAAGGAAAAUCUCACGGCGAGGCCAUGGCGCGCUACAACAAGCAAGCCUCGGACUUCAUCUUCCGCGAGAACAACGCAAACGGGCGUGUCGCUGGCGACACGAUAGAUCUGCAUGGGCAGUUCGUGGAGGAGGCGGAGGAUAUAUUGGAAGAGAGGAUACGGGCGGGCCAGCAGAGAGGAGAGAGCCAUCUGCAUGUUAUUGUGGGCAAGGGGAAUCAUAGUCCGCAUCAUAUUCAAAAGAUUAAGCCUAGAGUGGAGCAGGUUUGUCAGGAGUUGGGGCUGCAGUAUAGGACCGAGGCGAAUGAGGGGAGGAUAUAUGUCGAUCUCACAGGUGGUAACGCGCCUAUGCCACCGCAGCAUGGUGGUAUGGGGCCUGGGUAUGGUGGUGGACAACAGCAUGGCGGGCAGCAGCACGGAGGACAAGGGCAGUACCAUGGUGGGCAGGGACAGCAGCAUGGUGGUGGACAACAGGACUAUCAGCAAGAGAUGAAGUUGCUGAAGAAGAUAUUCUUCGCACUGCGGCGGCUGUUGUGUAGGUAG